AUGGCUCAUCAUGGCCAUCGCCAUGAUCGUAUCAGCAGGCUCAUCCGAGCAAAGCACCGAUUGGAAACGAGCGAGACAGACUCGAUAGACUCAAAUCAGAUCGGCAGCGUGGACACCAUUCAGGACCCGGUCUUCGCCUCUGAUAUUCUGUCGAGUGACACGGACUGCGACCCAUUGCAAAACACCACCUGUCUCGACGAUGUCCCGGAUACGACUGUAGUAGUACUCUCCAAACGACAAGAGACGCAAACGCCCACCACAACGGUUGUGGAGACCGUUGUGGAAGUGGUGGACACCAACUCUCAGACUCUAUGGCAAUCAUCCGGUGUCAAUUUCCCCAUGACCAUCUCGGACUCGGCAUUUGGUACUCUCACUCUUACCGGCAGCUCAAUCACCUCGACCGAUUCAAUGGUUCCUUCGUCGGCAGCCAACGCAACGGCUACCCAGUCAAUAUCUUCGCAAUCCACGGAAAGCCUAGUGCCUACGACCAAGCAGCUGGCCGCGAUUUCAUCACCCAGGGCUUCCUCUUCGGCCAUUAGCUCGGUGCCAUACACGUCAACUCGCCUCAUUCUGACUUCAAGCUCUACUACUACGACGACGUCUUUGCCCACUUCCACCGCCUCGGUUUUCAUGGCGGGCAAUUACUAUUCAUCUGCGAGUUCUUCCACCACAAUAAGCUUCACCUCGGACACCUCGUACUCUUCGUACAACCCCACCUCGACUUCCGGAUUUGGAGGCUCCGACAAGACUGGAUCUGGCACAGACUCUGGCAGUGGUAGUGGCAGCGGAUCCGCGCCCACCACCAGUCAGACACAGUCUUCAUCAGGCUCAGGCUCAGGUAUCGAUCCUACCACUUCUAAAAUUGUGGGUGGAGUUGUUGGAAGUGUGGCCGGUCUUGCUAUGAUCGUCCUGCUUCUGUUCUAUCUCUUCCGUCGGCGAAAGCUUCUCCUCCAACAGAAGGCUCCCGGGACUCUUCCUCUCCCCUCUGAUGAUGGCGGGACGACUCGAGAAGUGACGACUCGCUCCAGCAAUGAGCCUCUCUUUACGGCUUCAUACCUCGCACCGGCGUUCAUGAAGCGUUGGCGCCAGUCAACUAUGACCAUGAAGUCCGAAAGCACCGUCUCUUCAUCCAACCCCAGCGAGCGUGGAUUCCAGAAAAUCUCUGGACGAAAAAUUCCUCCCGUUCUCACUCACGGUGGUGAUGGCUAUGGCGGUGGACUCGACGGGGAUUCCCCUACCAUCCCCGGCUUCCCUCCCAUGUCUCCUGCAGGAGGCCCGGCUACCUCACCGUCAUCACAAGCACCGCCUACCACCUCUCCGUACGGGAUGGUACUUGAUACGAGGUACACCCAGGAGGCCGAGGAGCGUGCUGAAUCUCCAGUGCGCCCUUCACCCGUUCAGCUUCCCAUUUCAAGCUCGGUGAAUUUUGGCGUUGCAACCACCGUCACACCGUCGCAUCCAAUCGCCCAACCGCAGUCCGCCAUCGCAGUCAUGCCCCAGCGACCCGAUGGAUUAGGCCGCAGCCUGGCAAGCCAUGAUGGAAGCCGCAGCAGUCGCUUCACGGAGAGCAUCGAUCGGUAA